GUGACAUCAUCUUAAGAAUAAACACGGUGUGGGUAACAAUCCAAGAUGAGUUUUUCUAGUUCCAUGUUGAUCCCAUAGUGCUCAGAGGCUGCGAUCAAUUGUAGAUUUUGUUUCAUUUGUGAUGCUUAUAAAAGUAAUGUUAGACCUUUGAAUAACAUGAAUAACACAGUUUACUGUCCAUAAGCUUGGAAAUUCUAAUACAAUAAUACUUCAUUACAAGUUCAUGUAACAAAAUGCAGAUUUCCAUCAAGUACAUGAUCUUUUUGUUGCAUUUUAUACAAUUACAAGGUGAAAAAUAAUGAGUUUUAUUUUAUUUUUCAGGAGAGCCAGCCGGCUGGUUGCCCGCCCUCCCCGACUAUAGGGGAUAACAACCCUGCAGCAGACAGCGGCACAGGCCGUUUAGACAGAACUUAGCUGUUAUAUAGUUUCAUGUCUAGCAUGUUAAAUGUAGUACAGCAGGUGGUAGUUGUUUUCACUAUCCUUGUGAGUUGUGUAAGUUUAGAACUGACAUGUUUUCCUGGGUGCAAGAACACAGAAUCCUGGUCAUUCUGUUUUCCCAUUAGUAUACAAGAUUAUGGGCCCCAUUUUCAGAGAGGCACUUGUAUACAAUGCCCCACACAGCUACAGAAACAGCCAGUACUAAAGAAUUCCUCCCAGCCAACCUCAACAUGCCUCCCUAACAAGGACCGUGUAGCCAUUCGGGGGUUCUCAUUUGGGAUACUGUCAGUUCAGAAACUACGACCACCAGUCCCACAGCUGUCGGAGAUAAAUGACCUUGCUCUUGUUCAAUGUGGAAUCACAAAUUUGGAACAGGGUAUUUUAGCUAAGUUUCCUGGAUUACAGUCUUUAUACAUUAACUUCAACAACCUGACCCACAUUAAGAAAAACUGGUUUGAUGAUGUUAGUCCAAAAACGCGAUUCUAUUCCAUAUCAUUGUCACACAACCACAUUAGUAAUAUAGAUUCUAAAUGCUUCCAAAAUCUCACUUUCCUGCGCACUUUACUACUGGACAGCAACUCUUUGCAAAGUAUCCACCCAUCUUGGUUUCAUAAUCUGAAAUGGUUAGGUCAUCUUUCUUUGAAAUCAAAUUCUAUUGCAAUCAUCCCUCCACAGGCAUUUAAGUCACUAUCACGGCUGGGACGCCUGGACUUGAGCAGGAAUGCGUUGACAUGUUUGUCAAGGGAAACUUUAGAGGGGCUGCACAGACUACGCAAACUGUCACUGGGUGGGAAUAGGUUGUUUGCUCUCGCUGAUUCUGUCCAUUUGGUAAUGAACUGGCGACUGGAAUAUCGUCAUUUAAAGCAUGACGGCCAACAUGUUGCAGUAAGGGUUAACAAAUCGCUUUUCUGUAUCACUGAAAUUCCCCAACUGAGGCAAUUUUAUCAUGUCCAGAUGCAACAUGACAACCGCACACAGGCAGCUCGGCCAAGUGUGGAACCACUCAGUCAAUGCACUGCUAUAGAUUCGGGGCUUACAGGAACAGGCCAAAGGAAGUACAGCCUGCCACUGAUCAUCAUAUCAGUCAACAAAGAAUCUGACAAAAAUGCUAAAAACAUCACCCACUUGUGCAAACAUGCUUGGGAAUAUGUCUCCCUUGUAAAGGUAGCGUUGCGGGGAGACAUUACUCUGCAGAUUGUUCCCAUGGGUAUAGACAGGUCCUGCAAUCCUCAAAUUGUUGCAAUAGUUCUAUCAGAUACUGAUUCUGAUAGACACAGUAAUAAUGUCAGUGCCUUUGGUCAUGAAGAAAUGAUGAAUGUAACAUGUUUGGUCAACACUUGGGAGGAGACCUACCAACACGUCUUCACCACGCCCUUGUCCAGCACUCCUGAUGGUACCGUGUGUGCAGAAAAGACCCAGGCCACAAGGGCCGUGUCCAGCACUCCCGAUGACACCGUGUGUCCGAGAGAGGUUGUGAUAAUGACCACAAGAGAGCCUGAGAUCAAGACAACAAAGUUGACCCUGAAUCAGACAAACCCCAGUACAAAUGGAACUGUGAAGGAGAAAUCCCCACGUGUAGCGAUCAUCACAAUGGUAGUUGUAGUAGGGGUAGUACUGGUAGCGCUGUUUGUGAUGUAUGUUGUCAGAAGGCGUUCACGGGGCGACCAAGCCGCACAGGCUGCCGGCCACCUGGCAGGAGUCCAUGGCACUGCACCCAGUAGGACUACACAUCAGUCUUCAUCUUCAGGUGAUGAUCCACAGUACAGUGUAAUUCCUGACGAGUACUACAACCAGCAAAACACUGGGACUACUAAUGAUUAUAGUCAGAUUCCUGACGAGUACUACAACUACUACAACACAAGACCAGGGGCACAGCAUCCUUACUGGGAGAUCCCUGACGAGUACUACAACUACUACAACACAAGACCAGGGGCACAACAUCCUUACUGGGAGAUACCAGAUGAGUACUACAACUACUACAACACAAGACCAGGGGCACAGCAUCCUUACUGGGAGAUACCAGAUGAGUACCACAACCGCUACAGCACAUACCCUCCAACACGUCGGGUGCCUCAAGACAACAAGGACUACUCUGUAAGACUUAACACCACUACAGCUGAGGUGGCCCUUCCUUCAUCAACCAGGCUGGGUGGUAAACAUCCAUCCUACGAUACAGCCCCUCAAGUCUGGAGAGACCCACAGAAUUACCAGAUACCCGCACGUGGACGUGAUACAAACAUCAGAGCACAAGGAAUGCCUGUAGCAGGCAAUAGUAUUGGCCCCCGGUAUAUGGGUUUGAUUGACAACAGGAGACGCCUAUCAUACCCUCUGACACUUCGUGUGCCUCAAGACAACAAGGACUACUCUUCAAGAAUUAACUCCACUGCAGCUGAGGUGGCCCUUCCUUCAUCAACCAGGCUGGGUGGUAAACAUCCAUCCUACGAUACAGCCCCUCAAGUCUGGAGAGACCCACAGAAUUACCAGAUACCCGCACGUUGCCGUCAGACUAACAUCAGAGCACAAGGAAUGCCAGUAUCAGGCAGUAGUAGUGACCCCCGGUAUAUGGGCUUGAUUGGUAACUAUAGCAAAACAAUGAGAGCUGCAAAGUUUAGAAUGCAGGCAAUGCCUCUCUACAACCCCCUUGCCCAUCACAGUAGACACCAGCGUAGCACAAAGUACCAGGCUUCAAUCAAAGCUGAACCCACAGAGAACAAAAAUCACCCUAACUUGUCAUGAUAAACAGACUAUCAUCAUUUCUCAAGGUCACAAGAGUGAUGACAAAGUUCACAGGUCCAAAACUCUAAGUUUGAAUGUAUCAGAGUCAAACAAGGCAAGUCAUCAUAGCCAGAACGUAUAGGUAUGAUCACA